UAGCUAUGAUUUUAAAUGUGGAGUUUGUUUUAUUCCAACUGCUCAAUAAAAGACUUACGAUUGAGACAGUUCGGUGUUUAAAGUUGUUAGUUUACAAGUUAGCUUGUUCAUUUUAUUUUACGUCUGGCCUGAAAAUUAACAAGCAUAGCAUAGCAUUAGCAUAGCAUAAGCAUAGCGUAGCACAUAGAUAUCUAUGAGCAUAGCAGUAGCAUAGCAUUAGCAAGAUAACUUGAGCAUCCUGAGGUGGAAGAGAGGACACGGGCGUGAUGCCACCUGUUUCAGGAGAAGACACAGAGUUGGUGCAGGAUGGGAAACUGAAUCGGGCAGAUUGCUUGUGUCCCAUCUGCCUGGAGAUUUUCCUGGAGCCUGUCACACUUCCGUGCGCUCAUACGUUCUGUAAACCCUGCUUCCUGGAGACUGUGGACAAGGCCAAUAUAUGCUGUCCUCUCUGCCGAAAGCGUGUCUCUACAUGGGCAAGACUUAAUGGCAGGAACAAGACGUUAGUGAACGCAGAGCUGUGGAGGCGAAUACAGGACACUUUCCCUACACAGUGUCAGCGCCGAUUAAACGGCGUCGAUGAAGAGGAAGAUGUCAACAUGUUUAUACCAAAGCCCAAGGUCAGUCUGCCAGGUGAACUCAGGCAAGAGUAUGAGGAGGAGGUUAACAAGUUUGUUGAAGAGAAGCGAGCUCUGGAGGAGGCAGAGAGGAGGGCCAGUGAGGAAUACAUCCAACGCCUCCUGGCUGAGGAAGAAGAUCGAGUGGAAGAGGAGAGGAGGAGACAGGAAGAGAGACAGCUGGAGGAUGACGAGAAACUGGCAAGAUUGCUCAGUGAAGAAUUGAACUCAAAUCCAGUUUUGGAAACUCGGAAACACAUUAAAGUGAAUGAUGCCAAGAAAAAGAAAUCUGACAUGGGGCAUAUUGAGAGAUAUCUGUGCCAAGUGCCUUACACACCGCCACACUGUGAGACCACACAAUCCUCCACUCUUUUGGACAAUAAGGAGAACAUUCUGAGCCCUCCAACCUCUGUAGAUCCCUCCAGCAUUGAACUGCAUUGCUUGGACUCCAGUAGUAAACCUUCUACAUCAAGCUCAGACUCAGACACUUGUAAACAACUCUUCGACACUUCUUACAGAACCACCGUUUAUUCCAAGAGGAAGAGUGCAGAUGGUGAACAGCUUGAACCUGGCAUCUGUAAGAAGCCCUGUAACUUCCCUCCUUCUCCUGUUGGUUCUGUUCUCCUGCAUGCUGAACAGGAGGAGGAUUUGAGGAUUCGGAUGCUGCAGGAGGAGGAGGACAGAAGGCUGGCGCUUCGCCUGCAGAGGGAGCUGAACCGAGAGAUCGCUGUAGACCGCAGAAAAGGCUCUGCUAAUGGGUAUCUACUAAGAGAGAAAAGCAGCCCUUCAUCCAGCAAUAGUACAAGUCCAGGUGAGGAGAACAAGAUGGAGAAAGCCUGUAUUCCACAUUCCUCAAGCCAGGUAGAUGGACAUAAAGCGAAGAGAGUCAGCAGCCAGGUUGAGUGGAAAACUUCUAGGAAAUGUUCGGUUUCCACCCAAGUGUCUCCUUCUACAGCCUCGUCAGUGCAGAAGAGCAGAAAGCAAGCUACCCUUACUGAAAUGUUCCCCAGCCUGGGCAGCUAAGCCAGCUCUCUAAACAUCUCAAGCCUAUAUUGCCUUUUCCUUACAUGUUUUACAUGCACACCUCCUCCCAUAUUUAGACUUUUUUUUUGGAAGAACAGGUUGAAGGAUGAAGUAGGGCAUAAUACACAGAUUGUUUCAAUAUUAUCCUGAAACAUUAGCCGUCAGUUAUGAGAGUUGACACAUUACAUGCUGAAACUGUAUAUUACUGCAAAAAGAUUUUUGAUGCAUGUUUCUAUUUUUCUAAAGAUAGUUUGAGUUCAUUUAUUUUUAAGGAAUAAAAAUAGUUUUGAAAAAUA